AUGGUCUCUCUGACAUCUCUGCUGACUUACUCCCGGAGGCUGCUGCCGACACUAAAAACACAGAAUCAUGCAUUUUACACCAAGAGGUCUUUCUUCUUGCCAGGAGCCUUCAAACGUGUAGACGGCAGGUUCCUUGGCUUUGGACGACAGUCCAGCUCCACAGCAGCCACAGCUGCAGAGAAAGACUCUUUUCUUAAAUGGUUCCUGCUGCUCAUCCCUGCCACCACCUUUGGCCUCGGCACAUGGCAGGUGAAAAGGCGUCAGUGGAAAUUGAAGCUGAUUGAUGACCUGACCCGACUCACUACGGCAGAACCCAUUCCUCUUCCUCUUGAUCCUUAUGAGGUUAAUAACCUCGAGUACAGAAGAGUCAAGGUACGUGGACGUUACGAUCACUCCCAAGAGCUAUACAUUAUGCCCCGCUCACCAGUCGACCCAGAGAGAGAGGCCAGAGAAGCAGGAAGGCUCUCUUCAAGUGCAGAGACCGGCGCUAAUGUCAUCACCCCAUUCCACUGUACCGACCUCGGCAUCACAAUCCUGGUGAACAGAGGAUUCGUGCCAAGGCAGAAAAUAAGACCAGAGACCAGGAUGAAGGGACAGGUGGAGGAUGAGGUGGAGUUGGUGGGAGUGGUUAGACUGACAGAGAAUCGUAAACCCUUUGUACCAAACAAUGACGUGGAGAGAAACCGCUGGCAUUACCGUGACCUGGAAGCGAUGGCACAAGUCACUGGAGCCGCACCCAUCUUCAUUGAUGCCGACUUUGGAAGCACUAUUCCUGGUGGGCCAAUAGGUGGACAGACCAGGGUCACACUGAGGAAUGAACACAUGCAGUACAUAAUAACAUGGUAUGGUUUGUGUGCAGCUACUUCCUACAUGUGGUAUGCAAAGUUCAUCAAGAGGAUUUAAAGCAAUAAAAUUAUUUUACUUGGUACUUGAAUGAUGGGUUUGUGCUUAACUUGUAGCUCCAGCCUGGUACAUAUAUUAUGUAAAUAGCUUCAUGUGUAAAUAAAGUACUCAAGAUCGGG